CAUUCAGAUUAUUAUGCAUGCAUUAGUCAUUCCAUUGCUGAACUCCAAAAAUGGGAGCGUCAGUAAUCUACAGUACAACCCCUCCACGGUGGCCUUUCUAUGAGUGAACAUAUAUAGUAAAGACUACUCGAUCAUAUAUCUUGUCUUGGUAUAUUGCCAGCUAACUAGGUUAGCAAAAAUUGUUGCUUCAGGCUUUUAGUUCGUCUCCAUCAUCUCUGUUGUUUAACUUGGAGUAUAUAUGGAGGCUUUCAUGGGCAGUUACAAGGAGAAAGAAAACCAAGAAGAAAAUCAAGAUGAUCAUCAUCAUGAGAUCCUCAAAACUAGAAUCUCUAGCCAUCCUUUAUAUGGGCUCUUGGUUGAAACUCACCUAGACUGUCUGAAGGUAGGUGGUAAUGAAGAUGACCUAGAGGAAAGUGAUGCCCUCAGGGAUUAUAUGAAGCAGCUUGACAAUCACAAGACCAGUACUUUAGGAGAAUCAGAGCUCGAUCACUUCAUGGAAGCAUAUUGCUUGGCACUUAGGAAGCUGAAGGAAGCAAUGGAGGAACCUCACCAAAAGUCCAUGACUUUCAUAACUAACAUGCACCAUCAACUCAAGGAGCUAACCGCCACCAGGUCUCAUCUUGAUCUACCUGAAUCACCUGCCAGCUUCCACCACCACCGCCACACUUCUGGUGAAAGAAAGCCAGAGAUGAUCGACUGUGCCAGAAGAUCGAUCUAGAGCACAGGGACAGGAUGCAGCUCAUGUAUGGAACAUGAUUUUAAUUUGCGAAAUUAGGCGAAUGAAAGUCAGCAUUUUGUAGUUGUUAUUCAGUAGUGCCAUGUGCCAGAAAUCCAUUGGCUUAUGUGCAUGGUAUAAAUAGCCGGCUAUGUUAUUGCUGUAACUAACUUUAGUUCUUUGCAUUUUUCUUCCUCUGUAACGAAACAAACUCCAUUUCUCUCUCUAAUUCAAGGUUGCAUCUCUGCGUUUAUCGUCUACAAUCAGCUUUUC